CGCUUGCUUCCCCGGAUUGGAAUCGUUCCAACCCCCACGGCUGCGGCGCCACGUCUCCCCCCUCGCCUCCAGACCCGUCGGUCUCACUGCACCAUUCCCUCCCUCCCGAUCGCCACUGCUCCAUCCCUCCCGGCCUGGUCCGGUCAAAAGCAAACCCCUUAGUGCACGGGGCAGCUUCCUUCGUUGUUGCGCCCGGCUCCCUCCCCUCCCGCAAAAGCCUCGCAUCACCUUUUCUUGUCCUGAAGCCACCCAAACCGCACGGAAAGGGUGCGACCCUCAUCUGCUCGGUCGCGCAGAACCCAUUCGAUCGUCUCCCGGCCGGCCUUGGCCUUGUUCAUCUCGACUCCUUGGUCGAUCGGCAAUGGCGACGAGGCUGCGGCCGCCGGCCUGGUGCUGCGCGCUGCUGGCGCUGGCGCUCGUGCUGGGGGACCCGGCAGCGGCGCGGUUCGUCGUCGAGAAGAACAGCCUGCGGGUGACCUCCCCCGCCGCGCUCCGGGGCGUCUACGAGUGCGCCAUCGGCAACUUCGGCAUGCCGCAGUACGGGGGCACCAUGCACGGCGUCGUCGUCUACCCCAAGGCCAACGGAAAGGCCUGCAAGCACUUCGCCGACUUCGACCUCUCCUUCAAGCCCAAGCCCGGCGGCCUGCCCGUCUUCCUGCUCGUCGAUCGCGGAGACUGCUACUUCACAACCAAGGGAUGGAAUGCACAAAAUGCUGGAGCUGCUGCAGUUCUUGUUGCUGACGAUAAAGUGGAGCCUUUGAUCACAAUGGACUCUCCGGAAUCUAGUGGUACAGAGCACAUGGAGAACAUUACUAUUCCUUCAGCACUUGUGACAGAGAGAUUUGGCGAUGACCUUAGGAAAGCGCUGCAAAAUGGAGACAUGGUUAAUGUCCUUCUCGACUGGAGAGAAUCCUUGCCCCAUCCCGAUGAGCGUGUGGAGUAUGAAUUGUGGACAAACAGCAAUGAUGAAUGUGGUGCUAAAUGUGACAUGCAAAUGAACUUCGUGAGGAGUUUCAGAGGAAUAGCUCAAGCCCUUGAGAAAAGGGGCUACACCCAGUUCACCCCUCAUUAUAUUACAUGGUAUUGUCCAGAAGCUUUUAUCCUGAGCAAGCAGUGCAAAUCACAGUGUAUCAACCAUGGGAGAUACUGUGCACCAGAUCCAGAGCAGGAUUUCAGCAUUGGAUAUGACGGCAAAGAUGUUGUGCUUCAGAACCUGAUUCAAAUUUGUGUAUUCAAAGUUGCCAAUGAAAGUCGCAAGCCGUGGAUGUGGUGGGAUUAUGUGCACGACUUUGCUGUUAGGUGCCCAAUGAAGGAGAAGAAAUACACUCGUGAAUGUGCUAAUGAUGUUAUAAAGUCACUUGGAUUGGAAUUUGAGAAGGUCAACAAGUGCAUUGGAGAUCCUGAAGCUGAUAAAGAAAAUCCAGUCCUUAAAGCAGAACAGGAUGCUCAAAUUGGUCAUGGUUCUCGCGGCGAUGUCACUAUACUGCCUACCCUUGUCGUUAAUAACAGACAAUACAGAGGUAAGCUGGAAAAAAGUUCUGUGCUAAAAGCAGUAUGCUCGGGGUUUGAGGAGACAACUGAACCUGAUAUCUGCUUGCGCGAAGAUAUUGAGACAAAUGAAUGUUUGGAGCACAAUGGAGGUUGCUGGUUAGACAAGGCUACCAAUGUUUCUGCGUGCAAGGAUACCUUCCGUGGUCGUGUUUGCGAAUGCCCUGUUGUCAAUGGCGUAAAGUUUGUUGGUGAUGGGUACACCCACUGUGAAGCUUCCGGCCUCGGUAGGUGCCAAAUCAACAAUGGGGGCUGCUGGAAUGAGACUAGGAACGGAAAGACCGUCUCAGCCUGCUCAAAUGAAGAAGCUAAAGGCUGCAAAUGUCCGACAGGUUUCAAGGGUGAUGGAGUGAACAGUUGCGAAGAUGUCGAUGAAUGCAAGGAGAACCUUUUCUGCAAGUGUAAGAAUUGCGCUUGUGAGAAUACAUGGGGAAGCUACGAGUGCAGCUGUGGCGGCAGCAAUAUGCUGUACAUCAGAGAACAUGAUACUUGUAUCAGCAAACAUUCUACCUCGUCAGUGGGCUGGGGCUUCCUAUGGGUUAUUUUCUUUGGCCUUGCCUUGGCUGGAGCAGGAGCAUAUGCCGUGUACAAAUAUAGGCUACGGAGCUACAUGGAUUCGGAGAUCCGGGCGAUCAUGGCCCAGUACAUGCCCCUGGAGAGCCAAGAAAUGCCGAACCAACACCGCCCGGUGGAGCACGCAGACAUCUGAAACAGCAAAGCUUAUAUGAAGGAAGCAUAAGGGCUAGCAACAUCGCGUCGGUGGUCGUCGUCCACCUCCACAGAGAAGUCGGCUCGGAGCGGCCCUUUGUGUGCAGAAUAUUGAUCGAUUCUCCGUAUAGCCUGUGAUUCUGGAAGGCAGGACACUCUCCCUUUUUCUGUUCCUGAAGAUUACAGUUACAGAGCAGAUUAGGUUCUCUCACUGCAGUUUAGAAUUAAUUCAUUGCUAGUCACCUCUCUUCUGCAUUCCACAGUAAAUGUUGCCAUUCUGUAAAUACUGUCGUUCAGACUUGGGACACAUGGACAGUUAGUGUUUUGAUCGCCUGAAUAAACGGCCCAGAAAUAGCACACGAGCCUACUA